AGUAAGAGGUCCGAUGUUUUCGCCUGUUAACAGCGAUUGUCCGUCUGUUAAAGUCAAAAAACAAAAAUUAUGUUGUUUAGGUUUUAGUCAAAAACUCCUUGUAUAUAGCCGGCUUUCGUUUAAAAUUGGAUGGGUUUCUCACCUUAGUCAAAAAAACGCAUUAACAAAUAGUUAACACGACAUCAAAUUAUUGUAUUGUAUUAAUACAGAACCGACUUUGAGCGUGAAAUGCGACGCCGUUUCCGAAAAGUGCGAUGAACAUAUCAGAGCAACAUAGUCUGGGAUUACGAGAUCUCCUGCUAAGCGAACAAAACACACCCGUACUAUUGCAACUGGCAAAAAGCGUAACAAAAAAUGUUUGCAGCACUGACAAGCCAGAGGAAGCGCUAGAGUACCUGACAGCCCAAACUGAUGACAUACAUAAGCUUUUACACAAACGUCACAUAACAAAAGAAAUACUCUUUAAAUAUUUGCACAGUCGCGUGCCGGGCACCCUUACUGAUUUUACAAAGACGGAUUUGGUCUUUAGAGUAAUUAAGUACUGGGAUCAACGGUUUAAGACCGGACACGGCAUCACAACUUUAACUACAGCACCUGCUGCAGCUGACAAUGACCAACAGUUUCCCAUACACAUUAUCGCGCGAAAAUUUGGAGAAUGGUUCUUUGACAAAUAUAAUGGAAAUAAAUUGAGCUUGAUAGACUUAUGGACUGAUGCUACCCUUAACAUGCAAGUUAUAGCAGAUGAUGGUACUAAUGAAACAGAAUGUGAAAGUGCAGAGGAAGUCAUUUCCUCGCUGGUUGGUAUCAAGCGACUUUUCGGAUUUCAUUUCAAUCCAAACUUGUUGCAUUCUGGUGUUCAGGGUAGAAUGGAUGCCUAUGGUCAGGUCAUUGUGCUCUGCUGUGGCACACUGCACUCGGCUGAUACAAGUGUGGGUGUGUUUGAAUGCGCCUUCGGUCUGCUACGUGAUCCGCAUCAGGAUAACAACUGGAAGCCAAAGAAGUUUAAGUGGUUGCUUCGCAGUAGCCUAUGUCCGAUUACACAUACGCUUGAAGCAAGUGAAACAUUGAGCUCGGCCUUGGCAUUGCCAGUUCCCAACGAUUCAUUGGACUAGCAAUAAGUUGAAUU